CCUGGAUUUGUCGGUCAAUCUUUACUCCCUCAACGCAAAAACAAAUUUAAAAGGGCAGUAAGAAAGUAGAAGAUUUGUGCUUUUAUUUUUUUCUUUUCUUCCUUUUUAAGCCUUUCAGGUUUUUCACUGUCUUCUUCAUCAUCCAAAAACCAAGAAAACCCUCUCUCCUUCUGGUUAUACGCCAAGAAAUGGAGCUUGCUUUGAGUUUAGGUGAUACUUCGAAGCCAUUCAAGUUUCUUGAUAUAAACCCAACGAAUAUUUCAACUAAAGAUCUAGGGUUUUGCAUGGCUUUAGGAACUGGUUUUAAUGGAAAAUCUCAUCACAGCGGCGAAGGUGAUAAAGUUCUUCCAUCAGAUCCACCUCUACAGCUUGAUCUUUUACCUUUCUCUCCCGUCCCCCGUCAAAAUCCUUCUUCACAGAUUCGCUUUCCAUGGCUAACUGAUAACUUGGUGUCUGAACCGGGUUCAACAGAUGGGUCGGGUCGGGGGUUUGAUGUCAACCGGUUGUCAGCGGAGGAGGCUGAAGAAGCAGCGGCUUUAUCUUCACCGAACAAUGCAGUGUCGUCGUUUCAAAUGGAUUUUGGGAUUAGAAGCAGUGGAGGUAGUAGAGGUAAUAAAAGAGAUAUAGAAGGUGUUAAUGAAACCGAAAGAGCGAGUUCAAGAGCGAGUGAUGAUGAAGAAAACGGGUUGGCUCGGAAGAAACUCAGACUCUCUAAAGAACAAUCAGCUUUUCUUGAAGAAAGCUUCAAAGAACACAAUACCCUCAACCCUAAACAGAAGCUUGCAUUAGCAAAGCAAUUGAAUCUUCGUCCACGCCAGGUGGAAGUGUGGUUUCAAAACAGAAGAGCAAGGACAAAACUGAAGCAGACGGAGGUAGAUUGUGAGUAUUUAAGGAGAUGUUGUGAGACACUGACAGAAGAGAAUAGGAGGUUACAAAAGGAAUUGCAAGAAUUAAGAGCUUUGAAAACUUCACAACCUUUCUACAAGCAACUUCCUGCCACCACUCUCACCAUGUGUCCUUCUUGUGAGCGCGUGGCCACCACCACUCCCUCCUCCACCACCGCCAUCGCCACCACCACUAACAAUACAAAUUCUAAAUCUUUAUCACUCGCCAAGCCUAGGUCUUACCCUUUCUCUAACUCUCAUGACUCAUCUUCAUUGAGGUGCAAUUAGUGGUGAAAAAAAAAAAUUCUACUCUUCCACUUGUAAAUAUCGUGGCUUGGAAAAUCUUUUUUACUUAUUAAUAUAAUUAUAAUUGUUAUAUAUAAUUAAUUUAUUAAUUUUAUCUAGAUGAUAGGGAAAGGAGAAUUUGAAGAGUUUGGUUGAUUGAUGCAUUUCCUUUGACUAAUGAAGAGAUUUUUGUAAGAAAGAUCUCAAUUUUGUGGGAAUUAAGUUAAUGAUUAGUCUUACUAUCUAAUUAGAAAAUGUAAUGUAAUUAAAUGAUUUUUAUAUAGAAUAUAUUUUGGAAGAUCAUCGAUAUUA